CUGAAUGAAAGGAAGGGAUGCUGCUGGAUCGAUACAGAGCGCCGGCUAACAGGAAGUGGGAGUCCGCCUCCCUCUCGCGUCCCUCGGGGUGGUGGCCUUGGGCAGGCAGGGAAGGAGGAGCGAGGGACCCCGGAGCCCACCACUUUGAGCCGGAGAAGGCAAAAGGCUUCAGGAAAGGCUUCAGGCUGCGAUGGAGGAAGGAGCUGUGGAUCUGAGGCAAAGAAAGACUCCAAACUGUACAAAUGUUGAAGAGAGAGAGCCCCAAAAAGACAAUGAGGGAAGCAAAAAAUCAAAAAGAUCUCCACGAUAUGUCCUAAUCCCACGUUUUGCAAAGCUUUUAUUUGGCUGUCUUGCAGCAGUUAUAAGUGGAAUGAUGUAUGCCAUGUACCUCUCAACAUACCAUGAGCGCAAAUUCUGGUUCUCUGGCAGACCGGAGCUCGAGCGGGAAGUCACAUUUCAGGGUGAUAGUGCUAUUUAUUAUUCAUUUUACAAAGAAUUGUUAAAAGCACCUUCCUUUAAAAGAGGCAUUUACCAACUUACCCAUGACAACAGCACUCUCUCAAUGAAGACUAUGAAUGCUGUGCGACAGAUGACUUUGUAUCCAGAGUUGAUUGCCAGCAUCUUGUAUCAAGCAUCUGGCAGUGAAGAAGUUAUAGAACCAGUAUAUUUUUACAUUGGCAUAGUCUUUGGACUUCAGGGGAUCUAUGUGACUGCAUUGUUUGUAACCAGCUGGCUUAUGAGUGGGACUUGGCUUUCUGGUAUGUUGACAGUUGCCUGGUUCAUUAUAAACAGGGCUGACACAACAAGGAUAGACUACUCAGUCCCUUUAAGGGAAAAUUGGGCCCUGCCAUAUUUUGCUUGCCAAGUUGCAGCUUUAACAGGUUAUUUAAAGAACAACUUAAAUUCUUCUGCUGAGAGGUUUUGCUACCUGUUGGUCAGUGCUUCAACAUACACUUUUAUGAUGAUGUGGGAAUACAGUCACUAUCUCCUGUUUGUCCAAGCUAUUUCUCUCUUCUUGCUAGAUCUCCUAGGUCUUACGCAGUCUGAGAAGGUACAUGAAGUUUAUAAAAUUUACCUGUUUUCCCUUUUCCUGGGAUACAUGUUACAGUUUGAAAACCCAGCUUUAUUAGUAUCUCCACUGCUAAGUCUGGUUGCAGCUGCGCUGCUGGCAAAAUAUCUUCAGAUGAAUACAAAAAAGGGGACACUUCUAUCAAGAAUGCUGAAACUUGUUUACUUUUAUUUGGUAUUCACAGUGACGGUGACUUUGAACCUGGUAGUGAAGACAUUUAUUUCCCAUAAAGAACAUGAACAUUUAAUGAAAGUUCUUGAAGUAAAAUUGGGUUUAAACACAACUAAGAACUUCACAGUAAAUUGGUUCCUCUGCCAAGAAUCCCUUCAGACGCCAUCCCAAGAUUUUUUCCUGCGGCUCACUCAAUCUUCCCUCUUGCCUUUCUACAUUUUAGUGCUAAUUAUUUGCCUGGUCUCUCUUGGUCAAGCCAUCUUUAAGAGAAUUAGUGGCAAGCCUGUAAGUGAAACGACUGCACUUGGGGGUGGGAGGAUUGGAGAAAGACCAGAAGUAGCAUACCAUGUCCUUCACACCAUUUCCCUGGGCUUGCUGGCCAUGAUGAUGGAAGGAUUGAAGUACGUAUGGACUCCCUACGUUUGCAUGAUUGCAGCAUUUGGAGUCUGCUCUCCAGAGCUCUGGAUGACCCUUUUCAAGUGGCUCCGACUAAAGACUGUACACCCCAUCUUUCUGGCUCUCAUCCUGAGUAUGGCAGUCCCAACAAUCAUUGGCUUCAGUUUGUGGAAAGAGUUUUUUCCUAGGAUAAUGGCAGAACUUUCAGAACUGCAAGAAUUUUAUGAUCCUGAUACAGUAGGACUCAUGACCUGGAUCAAAAGACAGGCUCCUAUUGCUGCUGUGUUUGCUGGCAGUCCCCAACUAAUGGGUGUGAUCAAACUGUGUACUGGCUGGAUGGUGACAAAUCUGCCGCUGUAUAAUGAUGAGGACUUGCAAAAGAGGAAUGAAAAUAUUUUUCAGAUCUAUUCCAAAAGAUCUGCUGAUGACAUUUAUAAGAUACUCACAUCAUACAAAGCCACCUAUCUGGUUAUAGAGGACUCAAUUUGCAAUGAAGUGGGACCUGUGAGAGGAUGCCGAGUCAAAGACUUAUUGGACAUUGCCAAUGGCCAUGUGUAUUAUGAAGAAAGUGAUGGCUAUGGCUACUCAAAAUAUGGACGGUUUUGCCAGGAGAUCAAAAUGAACUAUUCUCCCUAUGUGAACUACUUCACUCGUGUGUACUGGAACAGGUCCUACUAUGUAUACAAAAUUAACACUGUAAUAUCCUUUCAGUCCUGAGAAGUCAUGGAGAUGACAUCUUUAAAGACUGCAUUUUUGCAGUCAUAAAUACAGUGAGGUUAUUUACAAACUAUUCUUUUUUUUAUUGUAUAAAUAUAUUACCCAGAAGCGGACACACAUGCACAAACAUUAUUGAAUACAUGCAAGAAACUCCUUACUUACCACUACCCACUGGAAAAUUGAAGACUGGUGUCAGAGUGGCCAGGGAGAAGAAUAUGCUCCAGGAAGACGAUAAUGAAGAUAUGAGAGUCUUCCAUGUUUCUAAAUACCUCUUCCCAGUAUUUUUGGUUUAAAUCAUCUUGUUUUAUAACAUGCAUUGAUUCCCCCCCCCAAUUCUGUUUUAUAGCAAUUACUGACUUUAGUUAGAUUUAUUUACUUUAAAAAAUACAAGAAGGUUAAUAUUUGAAUUUAUUGAGAAUAACCCUCAAGCUAUGCACAUUUAUUGAUGGAGGAGGGAUAAUAUGUUGCUUCUUUGGCUCUGGGCUCUCUACAAGUUUGUGAACUGCAUGGAAAUUGAAAAAGCAGUGGAUCUCCCUUGGGAUCAGGAGGCUGCUGAAGAUGAAUAGGGUUAAGGAAGUUAUCCCAGAGCUUGGAAAAGGAACAUUUUGGAUUGCAGGUCCCAGAAUUCCCCAGCCAGAUUGGCCAUGCUCUCUGGGAGACUCUCUAGUCCCAAAAAGUAACUUUCAUGCUUGGGUUAUCCCUUGGCUGAGAUUUAGACUUCUUAAUUAAGGCUGCUGGCCAUGUUCUGCCUUCUAGUCAAGGCACUGCCAGAGCUGUCAUUGAUUUUUAAUGGCAGACAACUGUAUUCUGUAAUUGGCCAAUAAAUAAAUAGAUUAUAUCCUAAAAAGUUAACACAGAUAAUAGGUUGUAUGCCUUUGUUUUAUGUAUUGAAAAAUAACUACUCCAAACAGGUGUUGAUGUGCAUAUGGAUGAUUUUUUUAAAAAUGUGUCUCUUGUGUGUUAGGCAGACACUUCCAUGUUCUUAUAGAGAUGUCCUAGUUGGAUUUCAGUUCCUUGACAAGAAAAGCCCAGAAUCAUAAAUACAAGGAAGCUUAGCAUAACAGUUUUGCAGAAUUCAGCUAUUUCACAGGACUAUGUGCCUCCUUUAGCCUGACUAAGAAGUGCAUAGUUUUUCCCCCUUAGUUAUAGACAGACCUGAGAAAGUUUCUUGUUUUGGACCAUGACUCCCAGAAUCUCCCAGCCAGCUUGGCUAGUGGCUGAUGGCUGUGAAUUAUUAAACUGUGAGGUGAACAAUUAAUCAACUAGUGACUGUACACUCCCUUUACACACGUCUUUUUAGAAAAUGCUGAAAGAGAAUAGCAUUUACUUACUGUACAUCUGAAUCAGGCUUCUGUCUAAGGCUAUUUAAAAUCUAGCAAAAAAGAAAAAAAAAGAAUUUAGCCAUUAUUUACUGUUAAACCAGGAUGGUUUCAGUGUUAAUUUAUGAACUGUGGCUUGUUUGAGCCUACCUAACCAUAUGUUGGUUACCUGCAUAUCAAAAGGGAAAGAAAGUAAAAAACAAGUAUAUGUACAUAGCUUAUUAAGACAGGAUUCUUGGCCAUUUUAUAGCAAUUGCUAUAAAUUCCAGCUGUGCUGGAAUUUAAAAGUCACAGACUGAAAACCAAGCUGAUAACAGCUUUUAAUUUUUUGUGUGAGGUUUUUUCCCCCUGGAAUACAUUUGUAUGUUACAUUUUUAUGGUUGGUAGUUCUCAUCUUUUAUUGUUUUUGGUAAUCUGUUCUGUGCAUUGCUUGUUUUUCUGCUAUUUUAUUUUUAGUUUUUUUGGUAUGAGCUUGAUCCAUGGUUUUGGGAGAAAAAUUGACUAGUUUUAUUUAAGUGUAGUUGUGUAAACAUUCCCUGAGUGUCUGCUGGGAGGUAUUUUGUCUAAGACUUCAACUGAAAUUCAUUUGCUCAUUUUACUAUUUAUAGUAUAAACACUUAUGAAUAAUGAUGCAGUGUCAGAAAAUGUACAAAGCAUGCAUAUAUUUCAUACACUUCAUGUGAGGCUAUUUUUUCAUAAGUUAAUUUUACACCUGCCAUAUGCAAGUCAAAACAAAUUGGGAGUAAAAUUAUGAAAAUGAACUAACGCUUGCAAAUAUCUGAUUAGAGGCUAAAUGCAGAGUUGAUCAUGCUUAGAUCAGCCCCACUGAAAUCAAUCAGAUGUAAAUUAGUCAUGGGUAAUUUCCAUAAUGUAUGAACAGAACAUGAAAUAUAGUGAGCCCUUGGUAUCUGCUGAGAUUUGGCUGUAGCACCUGCUGCCGACACCAACAUUUGUGGAUACUUAAGAACCAUUAUAUACACUGGCAUAGUAAAAUAGUGCCCUGUAUUUAAAAUGGCAAAGUUAAGGUUUGCUUUUGGGAUUUUUUAUUUUAAACAUAUUUACAUGCAUGGUUGAAUCCAUGGAUGUGGAUCCAUGGGUAGGAAGGGGCUGACUGUAGUUGCUUCUCCAGGUUGCAACUUUUGUUGAAUCCCCCAGCCAGCAUAGGUCAUCCUGGCUAAGGGAUUCUGGUAGCUGCAAUCUGGAGAAGUAACUGUUCCAGGCACUGAGUAUGACUGACUUUGGAAUUGAUCUGUUUAUUUAGUUGAAAUUAAAAUUCUGCCUGCCUCCCAUAGGGGAAUCAUCUUUAAAAAGUACAUCGAAUUUUAAUCAUAAUGUGUUUGUGAUUUGUGGAAGGAAAAAUUGGAUGCUGAGUGAUUGGAUGUAAACCCAACUUUUAUAAUAGAUAUAGCCUAUAUGCAGUCAUUUCGGAAGUGUUGAAAAGUGUGAGGCUUUGUUUUAAUCCUACAGACAUUCAUACUCUGUACAAAUGCAUUUAUGCCUUACAGAAAUAUUUCUGUAGCUGCAAAUUUUAACAAAUGAACUUAUCUCAAACUGUUGCAAGGGAAACUAACUUUUCUGUAAUAUUUUAUAUUGCUAGAAAUGUACCUGGUUUAACUUUUUUUCUUUUCUUUUCUCUCUUUUUUAGAAUAGGGCUCUACUACUCCUAUGCCCUCUUUCACUGUUUUGUGCCAUCUCCUCUGAUUUCCAUCAAAGUUUCUAAGCUCCACUAAAAUGAACACAAGUUGUACAGUACCAUCAUUGUCACUGGCAGACUUGGUCCACAUAGAUGUGCAGACAUAGAUGUGUAUGUGCAGACCCACCCAUCAGUGAUGGGUUAAAGCUCAUCUCUUAUUAGGCCAUAGAUAACCAUUGUUAUCUAUUGUCUGUUGAGGUGGAUUUAAAUAGAAUGUCAUGAAUAGAAGCUGGGAAGCAUUUCAUGCCAUGCGGCUUCUAAUGUCCAUGAAUUCCAUUAAUCUCUCGCUUCUCAGCUGGCUGAAUUGCCUUUGCAUCUUCCAACCUAGUAGCGCCACUCAAGGUGUGGUCAGAUUUCAGUUUCUGAAAUGGGCUCCUUUUAAGUAUUACUCCAGUGCUAAGUAUGUAAGAGUAUUGAGUAAGGGGUCCCCCCUCCAGAUGUUGGGUCACAACUCUUACCAGAGUAAUCAACACUGAGUGACAAAGACAGCUGCACUUUUUCAGCAUCUGGAUGAUCUCAUGAUGCUCCACCCAUGAUUUAGAGAGAUUCAUAAAUGUUCAUGUGUUAAUAAGUAUAAUGCAAGAGUAUUCCACACAGAUAAAGACAAACAAUCUCGUAACAUGAUCUUUUGACAGUAUCUUAAUUUGAGCUAUGGUCCAAAAACAUGGCCCUGAUCUGAAUACUGAAGUUGCUUGCUGUUAUCCCAGUGACCACUCUUAGAGAAAACUCCAAAGGCUUUUGAAUUUUAGAUGCCAGAAAACUGUAAAAAUGAUCUUAAAAAUACUGUAAAAGAAAUUUGAAGAGGUCAAAAUAUGGAAAAAAAAUGCAUCCAAAGUCUCCCAGCCCGCAUGGGCUAUGUUAGGGAGUUCUAGGAAAUAUAGUUCAAAUAACUGGGCUUUUUUUUACAUUGGGGAGAGGGGUAGAAGAGCAACACUUUUGACAAAUGAUUGUUAGAAUUCCAGAUCUCAUGUUGGUUAUUGGAUGGGAAGUCUUGAUUUGUAUUUGUAUUUUACUUAUUUGAAAAUAAAGCAGUUUUCUGAAGACUGGAGGUAAUGAGAUUUGGAAACCUUGCCCAAAGUAGCUGUUUGUCACACAUACCUGCUUUGGGUUUCAUGCAAGAAAAAAGAACUGUAGUUCUUAAAGGAAAGAGUCCAACCUGUUACUGUAAUGUUGAAAUCCAAUUGGAAAAAUGUGCCUUGUAAAUGUUUAUUAAAGAAGCAAAUACAACCCUU